AUGGCAGUAUCCCACAACGGCAUCGCUGUCAAGAUCACCUGUGAGAACGACAUGAAGAUGAAGUCUCCCAUCAUCCUCUGCUUUCUGCUGGCCUACGCAGCUUGCGCACAGUCUGGCCAUUUCCACGGUGAGGGAUUUUCAGAGACUGAGGAUGAUCUGGCUCUCCAAACUGAGAUGGAGAGAACACAGAAAAUCCCUGGCACCUGUUUCAUCUGCAAGCGUAUCGUAGAGAAAGUCAAGCGCACUAUCUCUAACGACGCUUCCAAGCAAGAAAUCGUAGAAAAGCUUCACCGUGUGUGCGAAAUCCUGCCGAGAUUUAAAACCAGCUGCAAGACACUGGUCAGCAAGUACAUCGACAAACUUGCGACGGAGCUCGCGGCUGGCGAUGACGUCAGAACCGCCUGUGUCAAAAUUAAACUCUGCAGACCAAAAAAGGACAUGAAGAUGAUGUCUCCCAUCAAACUCUGCUUUCUGCUGGCUUUCGCAGCUUGCGCACAGUCUGGCUAUUUCCACGGUGGUGGAUUCUCAGAGACGGAGGAUGAUUUUGCUCUCCAAACUGAGGCAGAGAAAAUCCCUGGCGUCUGUUUCGUCUGCAAGCUCAUCAUGAGGAAAGUGAAGACAAUUAUCUCUGAAGGAGACUCUAAGGAACAAAUCGUGAGCAAGCUCCAGACUGUGUGCAGCCGGAUGCGAUUUGUGAAACGCAUCUGCAUGGGACUGGUCAGGAAAUGGAGCCAGCGACUAGCGGACGAGCUCACGGCUGGCGAUGACGCCAGAACCGCCUGUGUCAAAAUUAGACUCUGCAGACGAAAUGUACUGUGGGAGUGAGGCUGAGCAGACAAGAAGAGGAAAUGUCCAAGUUCCUGGACAGCGCAGAGCUCUCUCUCUCUCUCUCUCUCUCUCUCUCUCUCUCCCACACAGAGCAUUUUUUCAUUCUGUUCUUCUCAUAAUUAAAGGCUUAAGCAGACCCUGGCAUCAUUUGCUAAAGACAAAAGGCAUUACGUGCAGAACACAUUCUACUGUCGCUCAAUAAAGCAUGAUUACA